UAAACCCCGAAACUCCACCUUCCGGGCGCGCGGCGCGGCGCGGCACGGCUCGGCUCGGCUUGGAGCCCGGCGGUGGGAAUGGAGCGAGCAGAUUGAGGCCGCCGCUGCAGCGCCACCAGCCAGCAUGAACUUGGCCGCGAGCUGAAGCCCCAGCCGGAGCUCAAGCCCAAGCCCGAGCCCGAACCCGAGCCCGAGCCCGAGCCCGAGACCGACCCCAGACCCAGCCCCAGCCCCUGCCCCAGCCUCAGUCCCAGCCCCAGUCCCAGCCCAAGCCCCAGCCCAAGCCCUAGCCCCAGCCCAAGGGGACGACGGCGGGCGCGGGGGCGCGGGGCAGCGGCCUCGAGCCAGGGGCAUCUGCAACCGGGCUCGGCCAUUCAGCAGGCGCCGGAGGCCAAGCUGCCUGCCUGUCAGUCGCCAGCCCCUCGGGCACUGCCCGGGUCACACCGGAGCUCCACAGCACGGUCUUCUUGCAGUUUCUUUAAUCGGUCUCGAACGAUUCCGGACUUGUUGGCAUGAAAGCAGCAUCUUUCCUCCCUGUGUCUAGGUCGUUUGGGAAGCACCUUGGAGAAUCAAGAAUAAAUUUGCAGGUCAAACAAUGGAUGACUGGAAAAGUCGGCUUGUAAUCAAGAGCAUGCUUCCCCAUUUCGCCAUGGUGGGAAAUCGUCAGGAGCCCAGAAAGCUCCAGGAAUCGCCACAGGGAACCAUUAAGAGGAGACAGGAAGGAGACGACUUCCAAUUUCCAGGCAUGGCUGAUGGAGGUUACCCUAAUAAAAUUAAGAGGCCCUGCCUUGAAGAUGUCACCCUCUCAAUGGGCCCAGGUGCCCAUCCCAGUACCCUCUGUGCAGAGUUGCAGGUCCCCGCGUUAACAAUGACUCCUAGCUCUGCAACAAUGGGAGCAGCUGGCCAGUCCUUACUGCUUGAGCACAGCACCAUGAAUGGCAGCAUGACCAGCUCCUCGUUUGGGGUGCAACCAGCUACAGAAAUGGGGUUGAAAGGGCCCAGUGUUCCUUACUAUGAGAAAAUCAACAGUGUGCCGGCUGUAGACCAGGAGCUUCAAGACCUGCUGGAGGAGCUAACCAAAAUUCAGGAACCUUCUCUGAAUGAUCUAGAUCUGGAAAAGAUCCUAGGGAGCAAACCGGAAGAGCCGCUGGUCUUACACCACGCCCAGACACCCGUAGAGACACCGCCCAAGCUUCCUGUGCAGAUGCCACAAUUAGAAGGCCUCGAUUCCGGCAAGGAGUUUGCUUCUAGUUGCAGCCAAGUGACUGGUGUGUCACUGCCAAUCCUGCCCUCCUCCACAGGGGUCAGCUAUUCGAUUCCUACCAGUAAGCAGAUGGCAUCACCCAGUUCCUCGACAGCACAGGCCAAGAACCAGGCCAUGCUCCCUGUCACUUUGCCCCCAUUACCGGUGCCUCAGUGGCAUCAUGCCCACCAGCUGAAAGCGUUGGCAGCCAGCAAGCAGGGAUCUGCUACAAAGCAGCAGGGCCCCAGCCCCACUUGGUCUGGCCUGCCCCCUCCAGGCCUCUCCCCACCUUACCGCCCAGUGCCAUCACCGCACCCACCACCACCACCGCCGCCGCCGCCUUUCAGCCCUCAGAGCUUUAUGGUUUCCUGCAUGUCAUCCAGCAGCUCAUCGAGUAGCACUUUGCAAGGCUCACCCAAUGUCUUACUCUCCAGUAUGACAUCCGGCAGCAACGCCACCCUUGGGCCCACCUUGCCCUACACUCCCGAGAAGCUCCCCAGCCCAGCUCUCAACCAGCAGCCACAGUUCAGCCCCCAGAGCUCCAUUCUUGCCAACCUAGUGUCCUCUACCAUCAAAAGCCCCCAAGGGCACCUGAUGUCUGCUCUGCCCACCAGCAACCCAGGGCCGUCCCCACCCUAUUGCCCAGAGAAGCUGUCCAGCCCAGGCUUGCCACAACAGUCCUUCACCCCUCAGUACUCCCUCAUUCGGAGCCUCACUCCCACCAGUAAUCUGCUGAGCCAGCAGCAGCAGCAGCAGCAGCAGCAGCAGCAGCAGCAGCAGCAGCAACAGCAGCAGCAGCAGCAGCAGCAGUCAAAUUCCAUCUUUAAACCCAUGACCAGCAACUCAUCCAAAACCCUGAGCAUGCUCAUGCACCAGGGGCUGGCGAGCUCCAGCCCAGAAGCCCCUGAGCCAUUUACCUUUGCCAACACUAAGCCCUUGUCCCAUUUUGCUUCUGAGCCGGCCCCCCAGAAGAUGCCCUCCAUGCCUGCCGCCUCUAGGCAGGCUUCCCUGCUCCACUACCUGCAGCAGCCGAUAUCGGCGCAGGCCUCAUCUGCCACUGCCUCCUCCACUGCCACCGCCACCUUGCAGCUGCAACCGCAGCCGCAGCAGCAGCAGCCUCAGCCUGAGCAUUCGUUCCUCUUGCAGCAGAUGAUGCAGCAACCCCAGCGCUUUCAGCGUCCAGUGGCCUCCGAGUCCAUGUCCACUCUGCCCAGACAGCAAGAGAAACAGAAAUCAGGUCUUACGGCAAUGACCCCUAAACAGCAAAGUGCGUAUGUGGCCCAGCAGAUGAGUCAAUUUCAAGCCGUCCAAGAACAAGUCACCAAGUGUAGCCAGACCAAGGCAAGUCCCUCCUCCAGCCAGCACAUGAUGCCGCCCAGACCUGGGCUCCUUCUGAACAAUCUGAACCCAGGAGCAAUCCCACCCCCCAGGUGCCAGAGCUGCGAGGGCAUGGGCAUGAUCUCACCAACUCUACGGAAGCAGCAGGGAACACUGAGCACCGGCUCCCCGUUCCCCAUGUCCUCCUGCCAGAACCCCCCAGGCAGUCUUGAUUCUGUCUGCCAGCAUCCACAGAGUGCCAAGGCCAACCCCCCAGGAGUGCCCCUCCCCAGGUUCUGUCCCAGCCCACUGGGCAGCCAGCCCCUGAGUCCCCACCGGCUCAGACAGCCCAGUAUGCCAAAAAUGCCCACUGUGUUCAACAAUGCCACAUGGGCGGUGGCGGCAGCAGCGGCAGCUGUGACCACAGCAGUUUCAAGGGAACCAUCCCCCAGCCAAGUAGAUAACAGCAUUCAGCAGCAUUUUGAUAGCAACUCUGUCUUUGCCAAGGCACCCAUGAAAGUGCCCCCAGUGGCCCGGGCGCUUCCAUCUCAGCUGGCAGUUGUACCUCCCAGGCAUGUGACACCAGGAAGCAGGCCUGUCCAGAAGGGGGGCAGUGAUGCCCUGGCCAACCCCAGUUUGAGCCUGCUGAGCAACCAGAGCCUCCGGCAGAGCCCAGUGCAAGGCCCUGUGCCCGUGCUGAGCACCAAGUCCCUGCAGCAGGGGAUGGCCAGCUUCGCUCCAUUGAGUCCCAUCCAUGGCAUUGAGCCACCAAGCUAUGUGGCUGCUGCUGCUGCCUCCGCCACCACCUCAGCCAUGACUACCAGCCAGUCCCUGGGUCCCUUUAACAGAAUGGGGAAGCCCCCUGGGUUGCCAUCCAGCAACUUCUUACCCCAGCAGCCACUAAAUGGUCUGAUUUCACCAUUUGACUACAGUGAGGUGGAUUUCAUUGAAGCUCUCUUGAGAGGCUCCAGUGAGGGCCCGGAUGAAGACUGGGUAUGUAACCUGAGGCUGAUUGAUGACAUUCUGGAUCAGCAUGCUGCUGCCCAGAAUGCUGGCUGUCUCCCCCAGGGUGCCAAGGGGCUUUAAAGCAGAGCCUGGUACCCUAGAAAGCCCCAUGCUGACAGCCCUCUAAGGGGGAGACCUGAAGCCGCAGCAAAUUCCCACCCAGCCCCAGCCUGCCACACUUGGUCUCCAUCGCCAUCUGAGUGGUAUCGUCCUGCUCGUCCCCCUCUGGACCUGAGACAAGAUGGAUGGAAAGCUGGUGAUUUUUCAAGCUACUUGUACAUAUUUGAAAAUUUUGUAAAUGGUUUUCCUAAACAUUAAUGACAGAAGUAUUUAUACUUGGUUUUGUGACUUUGUAAAUAAAGCGGCGGCUUUUGUUUCAGUAGAGUUGUGUUUAUUCUGCUUUGUUUUGUGUUUAUUCUACAUUGUUACAAAUAUGCAGGUUGUGCUGUCCACCCCAGUGAUACAUUGUGAAGCCAGGUGGCUGAGUCUCGCUGUGGUUUUGAUGCUCUCUACGGUUUUGAUGCCCUGAGAGAUGUGGCUGUGACCAAGACGUGUUGUGCAAACUGACACACGCCAAAUAGAAAACCGCUUGGUCAUAGAUUUCCAUUUGCACUCCAAGUCCUAUGCCUGGUGUGACUCCUAAGCGCUUUCGCAAACCUUGCAGUCUCCGCAAGUGAGCUCUUUCCUAGUGAGCGCCUGCAGCAGUAGUAACUUCUUGUCAGUGUUCCCUCGAGAGAGACACCGCCACAAGGCUGAGGAAUGUACAUUAGAUUUGGGAGCAAUGCAGAGAAGGUGGGGAGCUGAGUGGCAUAUGAGCUGUCCUGUCCUUGUGUCAUUCAGAUGGUGAGAAGCAAGCCCAAGGCAGCGGGAAGGUGAGCUGUCCCACUUUCGAAUCUCUUGCUAGACUUGAUGGAAGGCUCUGUGGUUUGGGAGGAAGUCUAUAAACAUUAACAGUUGAUUUGGAGUUUGUCUUUGAUGGUUUCUAUCUGCAAUUAUUGUUAUGUAUAUUUAAGUGUCUGUUAUAGAAAACCCACAGCCACUGUCCUGUAAACUUUUCUGUGUCCAGACUUUGUGUAUUCAUAUUUUAAUUGCCACCUCGUAUUUUGCCUCGACCUUUGAAAUCUGGCAUCUGUUUUGAGCCAGUGCGUUUUUUUUUUUUCUUUGUUCUGUUAAUAAACAGCCAGGAGAAAAA